AGCCAAUUGUUAUCUGCCAUUUCAGCGCUGCCAAAUUAAAUUGCCCUUUUCUUUCCGCCUUUAAAACCCCACCCUAAUCACUUUCACAAACCUCCUCUUCUCCAAUUUCUCCUCUUAUCUUUUCUUUGCUUUCCAAAGCUUUUGCUACUCUUUCUUUUAACUCUUCAACCUAGGCAGUGUUUGGUUCUAAACCAUGGAAAUUCCGGUUAUCAACAGGAUAAGCGAUUUCGAAGCUAGCAUAAGCACUCUAAACAACCCAUCUUUUCUUUCCCAAGUUUAUGCCCUUUCUGGGAUUGAUAAAAUCUACCAAGCUUAUCAUUUUUGGAAAUGGGGGGCUUUGAUUCUUGCCCUGCUGGCCUCCUUAUCUACCAUAAUCAAUAGACUCAAGAUUCUGGUUAUCAGAUUCCGACGAAACCAUUCUCUACCAUCUCGACCUCUUCUUUAUGACACAGAUUUUGAUACUGACUCGGAGACUUCAUCAUGUUCAUCAUCGGACAACGAAUUAGAAUAUGAGGAGCCCUCGGCUUCUCAAAACUGGCGACAAGUUGAUGAGGAUUUUCGAGUGAGAGGAUCGGGUCAUUUUAUUGACGAUCAAUGGCGGAACAGUGGCUCCACCCUGCGAAAGAGGAGAAGCAGCAUCGGCGAUCUAUUUUCGUGGGCUGAAGAGCUAACCAACGGAAAAAGCGUGGUGAAGCUGUGGGACAACUUAGGAUUAGGGUUCCGUUUGGACCUCGAUGAAAGCGACAACUUUUUAAAUGUUUACGAUAUCAACAAAGAAACAAAAAUCAGGUCAAUUUUUGGGGAGAAGAGCGACUUUCAGGCGGUUUCAGCAUCGUCGUCGUCGCCAGCAGUUGUAGUCUCCGCUGGCGGUGAUUCGUCAACUCGACGAGUCGCCGUCAGUGCAUGGGACACGCGCCUUGAUUGCCGGCAGCCGGUGAUUCUGACAGAAUGGAGCCCCGAAAAACCCAUGGAGAAAAUCUCAGCGGUCAAUACUGACGGCGUGGAGAAAGUUUAUAUCAGGGGUGACGUGAAGGGAAUGUUAACGGUGGGUGAUAUGAGGAAGGCGAGGUCGCCGUUAAGGAACCUAACGGAUUCUGAGGUUGAAACUUGGUGGGAUGCUGACGCCGUCAUCGUAUCGGACGAGUCAAUGUAACCCGGUUAGUCCCGUUUAUUUUGAAUAAGACUUGAUUAAAAUGUGUAGAAAAAAAUUGUAAAGGGUGCGAGGGUACCUUUGUAAAUAUUCAUUUAUUAAUAAUAUUAUUAUACUUGGUGUUGGUAGUA